AUGGAUUUGGAAAAUUGUGAUCGUUUGGUGCAGUGCUUCCUGAAAGAACGAAUCUCCUGUAAUCGACAUUUGCAGCUGGAAAAUCUGGUCGAAACGGCUCUUUCAUAUACUGAGAUUUUCAAGUCCAUCUUACAACAUUUGAAAGACGUGGAGCAGGAAUCAACGGCGGUGCUUUUGCUGUUGCUUGAUAUCGUAAAAGUUGAGCAACGGUCUUUGGCUCCUUACUUUUCCGAUAUGAGGGUAUUUUUCUUAAGAAAUUUGUUUUAA